AUGGCGGGAGGCAAUGCUGAGAAGGGACACCGGUACAGCGUGGCGCUGGAUCAAGCGCGGGCGCAAGGCAAAUGGGAGGAAGUUCCUGAGUUGAUUCGCAAAGUCACUAAACACUCGCCGCAAAGAAUCUGCAUUAUCCAGACCGCUACCGCUGAAAGUCGAGUCAUUGCAUAUCAACAACAAAAAACAACCGAAGAGUCAUCGUCUACCCCCAAUCUCCAUGAGCUAAUCCCUGCGCUGUUGACAACAAUUGAGAACAAUGAUGGCUCCCAGCAGGAGAUACUUCAGGCUAGUGUUUGCUUGGGAUGGAUCCAUUGGACCCUCAAUGAGCCCGCGCUAGCUGCCAGUCGCCUGCCGAAGGAUUUCAGGGCCCUAGUGGACAGUAUAUUACAUGAAGAUCAUGAACUUUCGGCCUGGACCGAGGUCUGUUUAGUAAAGGGAUGUUACAUUAAAGGUAUACAUGCACGUGGGAUGUCUACGACGAACAUGAUAGGCUUACUUUACAACGCAGGAUCGGCACAAUCGGCAGUAACGGAUAUUGAUGAAACGCUGGAAACUUUUUCUUCGCUAUUAGCGUGGCUGAGCAGUGGAAAACUCACGACGAAUGCCAACUCCCAAUUCUUGAGUUGGGCGGAGACCCUCCUUGGUAAGGGUGCGUUACUGGCAAGCGAAGAAGCCAUCACCGCAGGCCAGAACGCCAAUCCCCGUCAUGUCGAGAUCGCACUUAGAUUAUUCCGACUGUGGGCUCUGCAUCCCUCCGUGAAGCAGAGCUUGGCUUCAAACACCUCACAGCCUUCCACCCCUGGGCCCUCGCGAUCAACAGUAUGGAGGGCAUAUUACGGACUCUUGACGACGAUCCUUCAAGAACAGCUAGACUAUACACCACAGCUUGAGGGGCCAGAAAGACCGCAAUUGGCUAGUGAGAUACGCUUGGUAGAGUCAAUUUGCGAAAGCAAUCUCCUUCGUGAGGUGAAAUUCCCUACUGCUAAUGCAGGCAAUUCUCCCGUUGAGGCAUGGGUGGAACAAGUCAUUGGCAACUGGCAAAUUCUUUGCGGACCCUAUUGGCAUGAUCAAGACCUGGGUGAAGGAGGUCAAAAUGCUGUUGGACGUAACGUCCUGGAUAUUCUGUAUCGUGCGGCGACUAAAACCUAUCAUUCACAUCUCAUCCUUAGACGUCUAUUUCAUGUCCACGCGGCGUUGUCAGAAUUCGAUCUUGCCAUCAAGGCACUUGACUCUUACAUCGAAAUCGUCACCUCUGCCAAAGAGCGUGCUGCGAAGUCCGCCAAUUAUGGAGAGUUGGAGUCAGAUGAUACCUUGCUCCAGACGCUGUCAGAGGGCGUCACAUUAUUGAGUUGCCUUGGGUCCUUUGAAGAAGCCGAGAAAGCCAAGGAUAUGACAGACAUGAUGCAAACUUACAUCGACCAAAAAGCUUCGACCAAAUUGGAUACCGAAAACCUUGCACUUAAUUACAAUGCCAACUCUAACGCCCCAUCUGAAAUAUCUCCAUCGGUUUUAGCGCAGGCUUAUCGAGCCAUUGGAGUCGGACUGGCGAACUGGGCGACCUAUACUCCCUUGAACGAGGCCCGGGAUGAAAUCCGUGCUGAGGCUAUCGAUUAUCUAGAGCGAAGCGUUGCGCCUGAAUUAGGAAACGAGUCGAACUUUUCGUCCCUCUAUGCCCUUUCUCUAACACUAGCUCAAAACCGAGAUCUGGACGCGGCAAUGGAUUGUGUUAAAUCUGCGCUAUCCUCUCAUGAUCCCUCUUCUGCUUCGGAUGAUCUUUCCAAAGAGCGGGACCUCGUCUCGCUAUGGCAUCUGCUUGCAUUGUUGCUCAGUGCCAAACAGGAGUUUGAUAUUGCAGAGCGCUCCUGUGAAGCGGCGUUUGAGCAGUUUCCAUCAGAGAUCUUUCCCAAAAGCAGUCGCGAGAGGAGGGCAUCCAGGCAAUCCCACAAUGGCCCAGCUACUUUAAAGCGCACAAUUCUUGGCCGUUUACAAAAUCGUGAGAAAGAGCGCAUUCUUGAGAUUCGCAUGACCCAACUUGCCUUUGUGGAAGUCUUGGAAGGCCCCGAAGCCGCUGUCAACAAGACCGAGCAGUUGCUCAGUCUUUUUGGCAUCUUGUUCCAGGAUCUCAAUCUAGAGACUGAAGGGAACCGCAAUUCAAAGUGCAAAGAGCACUUGGUGCCUCCGAAGAGCUCUGCAGGAACUGCAAAGAGCUUCCGAUCUAGUCUCUUCAGUCGGAACAGAGCAUCGCAGCUACCGGAUCGCCGUGCUCCAAGCGUGAACUCCGAAACUCCUCCUGUCCCCGCGGUGCCCAGUGGUGGGGGAGAUGCGCCGUCUAUCCAAGUCACUGAUGAUGAUCAUGAGCGCCAUCCGCGUACAGCUGGUUCUGAUUCCAAGAAGGCCGAUACCCGCAGUAGCAGUACACCCCGGCCUGAGAGAUCCCCCAUUCGAUCACCGGUAUCAAACGGGUCUGAUUCCCCAGCAUUGGUUGGAAUCGCUGUAUCGGGCAAUACAUCUCCCGUGUCAGAGCGUCGUCCUGCAAGCGGGAGACAGCCUUUACCGCCCAUUCCGCACAAUAUGUCCCAUCUGCAGCAACCUUACCCAGGGCGCCACGAGCAUCAGCCGCCAGUUCAAGACGUCCGACUCCCCAGUGGGCACCGUUAUGACUCCCCUACCAUCGCCGUCACGAAAUUCACCACGAUUCAGUCUAAGAAACAUGCCCUCGCUUUACUGGUAAAGAUCUGGCUUGUCAUUGCUGGUCUGUACCGCCGUGCAUCUCUUUUCGAUGAUGCUCGCGAGGCAUGUGAGGAAGCUUUGAAGCAAGCAAGCCGGAUGGAAGCCCUGACCUCGGCUGAAGAUUCUUCAGCACGCAACUUCACCAAGCGUGGUUGGACUGCAGCUAAAAGCUCAGAGGAGCUUUGGGCAGACGUCUACGCCGAGCAAGGUCUUCUAGCCCAAGCUCAUUCGAACCCCCAUGAAGCCAUGAAGUUGUUCGAAGAUGCGUUGCUGCGCGAUCCUGAGCACCCUACCGCCACAAUCGGCCUUGCAAACCUCCUUCUCGAUAUCUGGGACCAGACUCUGGUCAUGGAUUCGGCAAAUGCAGAUGUGGAUUGUAACAGAACCCGUCAGUCACUGCUGUCCGAUACCGCCAAGCUCACGUCGGCUAGGGCUGUAUCAAUUGAUCAGCUGAAGGCGCCCGAGGCUACCAAGGUUCCAGGCCCAGUAUCGGUAUCAAACUCUCCGCAUGAGGCUGACCCCAAGUAUCUCCACCGCCUGGCAGCACGGGACCGCGCCUAUGCUCUUCUUUCAUCGUUGACCAAGCUUGGAAGCUCGUGGGAUAACUCGGAGGCUUGGUAUGCUCUUUCGCGCGCCUAUGAAGCCGGGGAACAAGUAGAAAAGCUCAAGGAGGUUCUCUGGUGGUGCAUUGAGCUGGAGGAUCGUCGACCUAUUCGGCAUUGGUCGAAUAUCGGAUCAGGACUAUAUGUUCUGUGA